AUGUCGAUAAUUGGCACCAUCCAUGAAGAUGUAACAACGGAUGUUCUUGGCAAAAUCGGUACAUGGCAGUGGAUGGUGACACUAUUAUCUACAGCACUGGUAAUACCUACUAUGUUGAAUCACUAUGACGAUAUGUUUCUACUGAAACCGUCUCAGGACAUACUCUGUGCACCAAGCCAAGAGUUUAUAAAUAGAAGCCUGUGCAGUUACACAAUCACCAAUAAUUCUGCGGUGGUGAGUUGUGACAAAUGGCUUGUCAAAUUUAUGUGGCUGUUUUGGAUUAAAAAGACGUGGCUCAUAUUCUGUGAUAAGAUGCAACUGUUAUCAACAACAGUAAUAUGCCGUUCGGGUUUGGUAUUUGGAUGUAUAAUAUUUGGGGUUAUUUCUGACAGUUUUGGAAGAAGGAUAGCCAUUUUCGGUAGUUUGAUUGCUGACCUUGUAUUCAGACUUACUUUGGUCUUUUGUGACUCGGAGAGUUGGUACCGCCUGUUAAUAUUUCUAAAAUCCUUGUUCACAAGCGCUAAUUGUUACUUGGAAUUAAUUCUUGUAUGCGAAAUCGCAAGCAAUAGUUGGCGGACGAAACUAAGCCUUAUAGUUUCAACCCCACGGAUUCUUGCUUCUCUCUGCCUUAUUCCGUUCGCUAAUGCUGCACCUAAUCUGGAUACAUACAACUUCAUUACUUUUUUGCUUGGAACACUAUUGCUGAUCAUAUUAAGAUGGAUACCUGAAUCACCCCAAUGGUUACUCUACAAUAGGAAAAUACCGAAGGCGGAAAAGACAUUAUUUAAUGCGGCAAAGAAAAAUGGCGUCAAGCUAUGCAGUGAAUUUAAAAUAAGACCAGUAAAUAACAAAGCUUACGACUGUUUAGAAGAAGAGUGGACAUGUUUGAUGAUUUUAAGCAACAAUAACGUGAGAUUAUUAAUAAUCGUGAGCCUUUGGUUCUGGGCGUUAUAUAAUUUUCUGUUUGCUCCAUUGUUCAUAAAACUACAUACGCGGAUGCAAGCAUAUUCCCCGCUUCAUAAUCUGAGCAUAGUUGUAUUUUUAGGACUUUUAAAUAUUUUUAUCAUGAUGAAGAUUAAAAUGAGAUAUUUGUUGACAAUAAAUAUAAUAGUUUUGGGAAGUUCAACCGCUUUCGUGACCUUCUUGGAACAAACAGAUUUUAAUUCUACCAUAUGUGAUCUUCUAACUUCAAUCGGCCUAGCAUCAGGUCUAAUAAGUUAUGCAUUGCUAUUGAACAUCACGCCACGGCUUUUUGCGGUUAACAUCAGAGCUACAUUGGUUGGCUGCUGCCACGCGGCGGGUCAUCUUGGCACGAUUACUUGCUACCUUUUAACAUCUUUACGGUCUAUCAAUGACUCCACUAUGCUAAUAACAACCCUUGCAGUAACAGUAAUUCUAGUUGGCCUGUGUUUUAUUUUCCCUGAUGUGGAUGGAAGAGAGUUGCCUGAUACGAUAAAGGAUAUGGAUUAUUUUUCAGAGCUAUCAAAACCGUUACGGUGGGCAACACAAAAAACCAACUCUCCUUCGAAUGAAGAGGUGGAAAUAAGAGUUUAUUCAUUCAGCAGUGGUGGCUAUAAUAUAACUGCAAAUACUUCAGAAGACACCGUGCCUGCUCGGCCUAUUGGUUUUAUAAGAGUGUGGUACAGAUUACGUUCCUUUGUAAGGCAAUUGCUGACGGAGAUAAGAACACAUUAAAUCUUGAAAUAAAGAAACAUUC